UAGCCACAACGCGAUGGCGAUACUUAUUAACGACUACUACGAGUUGGAAGAGCGUUCGGGCAAGCACCUAAGAGCGUGGAAAGCAUGGCACAUAAUAAUCUACGUGCUAGCAGCCGUAUUCGGCAUCCUAAACUACGUGUUCCUGCACAACACGAUGUAUAUAGUAGACGACCACUGCGUGCUGGGAGCUCCGCAUAUUGUGUUUAGCCCGGUCCUUGUUUACAACCCAGACCGUGCCGCGGCUAAUGAGACUGCAGUGAACGAAGCUCAAGCUACAAGUGCUACUACCGUCCUUGUUAGUACGACAGAAACGUCGAAGAGAAGAAGAAAUGCAAACACUGAUUUAGAAGACGCUAUUGCAAAUAAUGAAGAGCGGCCAGCGCUGGACCUGAUGAGGACCUUCUUCGGACCGCGGACGGACUGCGAGUUCGUCGAGUACAUGCCGAUCGUCUCCACCGUGUUCGCGCUCGUGUGGACGACAUUGUUCGUCAUGUGCCCUGGUGGUGGGCACGCGCGGUUCGGGCUCACCCAACCGUGGCGCAUCCUGACGCCAGCGCUGGUGUUCACGCUGGUGCUGGUCGGGCUGACCGCGAGCAGCUUCACGCAGACCAACCGCGGGUUAAGGGAGUUCUGCUCGGCGUUUUACAACUACACCAAUGCUACCGCUUGCUCAUCAGUAAACGUGUACAUGGAGCGCUCGUGGAACGCCACGUGGAAGUUCGGGUCCCGCGCCGAGGCCACGCGCGCCGCCAGCGCCGGCGUCUGGGUGAGCUGGGCGUGCGCGGCCACGCUGCUCAUCGUGCGCUGUCUGACGGCGCCCGACUUUCAGCUGAAGAAGACUGGGGUCUAUCUGGCGAAAGACCCUGAGCAGAAAAUCACGCCCCACCUGCUAAAAUCCCGUCGGCGCCGGGGAAAGUCGCCAUCGCCGAGCAAGUCAGUCCGCUCCGAGCCCACGGCCACGACGGAGCUGGUCACCAACCUGGAGCAGGACUCCGCCCCCACCUCGCGGCUCGGCACGCCCGUGCCGCACGGCGAUAAGGAUUCCAGCGUGUGACGUGGAAUCGUUUUGCCUG